AUGGCAGUCCUUGCCCUCCUGCUCUUCGUCCUUGCUGUGAGCACCUGGAGUAGGCCUGAGAUGGGUACUGUGGAUCCGGAGCUGUCCUCAGUGCCUAUACCAACCGAUGUUACAACUGAGUCCUAUAACAUGAAUCCUAACCCAUAUUGGGAGUACCCAAUCACGCCCCAGACCCCUGUUUUCACCAUACAGGUAAAGAACUACAGAGAACCAGUAUGGAUUGAGGCUUGUGCCAAUAUAUCUCAUCAUUAUUUUAAUAUUUCUUACCAAAUGUUUGAUCCAUCAGACUCACUCUCGGCCAGAGUUAAAGCUAGGCUUGGGCAAAAGGAAUCUGCCCACAUAGAGUCAAAAGAAUUUAUUGUAUACCAACAAGGGAAAAUUGGACCACCUAAACCAGAUGUCAGAAAGAAGACCAAAUCAUUAUUGACAUUUCACUCUUUAGUUAUUCUAAAUGGUGAAGUGACAAAAGCCAUGUAUGAUUAUGAAAAUAGAGACUGUUACACGUUCACAUAUGCUCUGUAUGUGAGGAUUAAUGGAAGUGAAGUCAUAAAGGAGAAGGAAGUUGAUUACAGUGAGACUCUGUGCCAGCUGAGUCCAGUGACCUCCCUGAAUUCCAAGUACUGUGUUUCAGCAGAAGGCAUCACAGACACGCGGACUGUUAGAACCGAAAAGUCAAAAGAAUGCUAUAUUACCAUUUCCGAUAGCAGCACAAACUAUCCUGUUUGGAUUCCAGUUGGUUCUGCUUUCCUACUCUUUCUAACACUUAUCCUGGUACUCAUAUGUCGUCAGGUUAAGAGGAAUCUAUUUAAGAGAGAAAGGAUCCUGUUAACCAAGUCCUAUCUCUCUGUGUUCAAAAAUGCCACUUCAGAGGCAAAACCUGAAUCAAAACAGGUAUCACUGAUCACAUCCUACCAGCCGACUGUCUCAGAAAGUGAGAGUGGAGAGCAGUUGUCUCCAGUGACAGUUGCAGGCAUGGCUGCAGAAGACAAUCCAGGAAAAGGAAACCAGAGAGAAGAGCUCGCUGGUGAUGUAGACGUGGGGAUGACCGAAGAAACUAUGAUCGACAUGGCCCCUGGAAGCCCUCCAACCCCAGAAAGUAGAAAUAACUCUUUCCAUUCAAGUAACCAACACUCUGACCCCUGUAGCAGCGCUUUGAACUCAUAUCACUCCAGGAAUGGUCCUAACAAUGGCCUUGUGGAGUUGGAUGGCUUCUUAACUGACCCAGAAUUUCCCCCAACUAAUAAAAUGGAAAUAAAGACAGAAGGACAACACUCUCUAAUGCUGAGAAACACUACCACCUCUUUCAGUUAUGAUAAACCCCAUGUACUGGUGGAUCUACUGGUGGAUGACGCUGGUAAAGAAUCCCUGACUGGUUACAGACUUACAGCAGAUUCCAAAGAAUUUUCAUAA